AAAUGCCCAACUGAUUGAAAAUUAAUAAAAAUAAAUAACUAUCGAGCCCUGAACUAUUUCUUCCCACAAAUGGCCGCCGCACCAGCAACACCACCCUCUUCUACAGCCACUACCAUUAUCACCUUAGCUCUCCCCAAACCAUUUCUCUCCUCCAAAUUGCCCUUCCGCUUCCACCAAUUUACCCCUUCCUGCCCUUCCAAGGCUCUAUCUUCUUUUGCUGUAUCUUGCUCCCUAGACAGCCGGGCUCUCCAAAUGCCUACGGCUACUUCUCUCCUUCAGAGACCCGAUUCCUUCGGCCGCUUCGGCAAGUUCGGCGGCAAGUAUGUCCCCGAAACCCUCAUGCAGGCCCUCUCCGAGCUCGAGUCCGCCUUCCACUCUCUAGCCGCCGACGAGGGCUUUCAGAAAGAACUGAACGCAAUCCUUAAAGAUUAUGUUGGAAGGGAGAGUCCUCUUUACUUUGCGGAGCGGCUGACUGAGCAUUAUAAGCGUCCAAAUGGUGAAGGCCCGCACAUUUACCUUAAGAGAGAAGAUCUGAAUCACACGGGGGCUCACAAAAUCAACAAUGCUGUUGGCCAAGCUUUGCUUGCCAAGCGAUUGGGGAAAAAUCGGAUAAUUGCUGAAACUGGAGCUGGUCAGCACGGGGUCGCGACUGCAACUGUUUGUGCUCGGUUUGGUUUGCAGUGUAUCAUUUAUAUGGGUGCACAAGAUAUGGAGAGGCAAGCACUUAAUGUCUUCAGAAUGCGGCUUCUUGGGGCUGAGGUUAGAGCAGUUCAUUCUGGGACAGCCACCUUGAAAGAUGCUACGUCAGAAGCUAUUAGGGACUGGGUAACUAAUGUUGAGACAACUCAUUAUAUUUUGGGAUCUGUUGCUGGGCCACAUCCAUACCCCAUGAUGGUUCGAGAGUUCCAUGCAGUAAUUGGUAAAGAAACCAGAAAACAAGCACUGGAAAAAUGGGGAGGGAUGCCAGAUGUUCUGGUAGCAUGUGUAGGUGGGGGUUCAAAUGCCAUGGGAAUCUUCCAUGAGUUUGUUGAUGACAAAGAUGUUAGGUUGAUUGGUGUGGAGGCUGCAGGCUUUGGAUUGGACAGUGGUAAACAUGCUGCUACCUUGACAAAAGGAGAAGUGGGGGUUUUGCAUGGAGCUAUGAGCUAUUUAUUACAGGAUGAGGACGGGCAAAUUAUUGAACCUCAUUCCAUAAGUGCUGGCUUGGACUAUCCUGGGGUUGGACCAGAGCACAGUUAUUUGAAAGAUACGGGCCGUGCCGAGUAUUAUAACAUAACUGAUGAGGAAGCAUUGGAAGGUUUCAAGAGAUUGUCGCGACUAGAGGGCAUAAUCCCUGCGCUGGAGACAUCUCAUGCAGUGGCUUACUUGGAGCAGCUGUGCCCUACUCUCCCCAGUGGAACCAAGGUUGUGGUUAAUUGCAGUGGCAGAGGAGACAAGGAUGUUCAUACAGCUAUCAAGCAUUUGCAGAUUUAGAUGGUACUCUUCAUGUAUUCCUAUCCUUACUCUCCCAAAUGAAAUAAAAGGUCGUGGUUGAUUGCA